CUUACACCGCCAAAGCGAACAACGUGAGCAAUGCUUAUAAGCGUUUAAAGCGUAAGCGUGCAAACCGAACGCAGCCAUUGUGUUUCCAGCUUUAGUGGAAAGAAGCGCCCUCGUCCCGGCCUCGCCUGCCUCUGCCCUCGUUUGCCCACGCUCUCGCCGCUCGCGCUCGCCCAAUGCAACCAAUGCAACUAUGCAACUCGCGAAGCUGAAAUAGUCGUUAAAUAUUGUUAAUUGUUAUCAGUAAUCAGUAUUUGAGUAUUGUAUUGCCUAAUCUUGUCGCUUGUCAGACGUGUUUGUCGUGUUUAGUUUGGUGGCAGGUGGCUUUCUUCGUCAGCGGUCAGAACGGCUGAACGCUGAGCUGAGCGACGAAACUAAUUCGUUCCGAAACAGAAGACAAAUCGACAUACACGAUCACGUACGGUACUUACUGUACGGUACGCGGUACGUGGCUCCUCCAUUUGCCAUGUCGAACGUAAAUUGUUACAAGUCUAUCAAUAUGCGAUGGAAGACGCAGCUUGCUUGGCAGCUGUUACGCCGCCGUUAACCACAUUUAUCACAUUAUCCAUAAGAAACCCGUCAUUGGAGGGUCUGAUCCGUCAAGAUAAACAAAGAUCGACAAAUACUCUACCGUCAAAGUCGAAAUUUUACACUAUCUAUCUAACGUCAUGGACCGUACCUGCCUUCAUCAAGUCAUCACAGCACCCAUAAAAAAUUUCCUGCAACUGCAACGGAUCAAAGAGAUAAAGUGGAUGAAUCCAAGAGCAUGCACAAAUGAGGCAUAUACUCCUACAUCCAUCGAACAUAUGGCAAAUGUGGCAACUCACGGAAUAUGGGUUGUACCUUCGGUAAUUGGCGGUAUCGAACUUAUACGCCGUUCGUCAACAUGGGCUCAGUUUGUUUCAGCUUGCAUAUACGGCACUUCCUUGAUCCUUGUCUUUGCAGUAUCGACUUUCUUCCACAGUGUGCACUAUUGCAAUCAUAACAGACAACUAAAAGAUGCGUUGCAUCGUUGCGAUCGUGCUAUGAUUUACAUCUUCAUAGCAGCCAGUUAUUUUCCAUGGUUAAAUAUAGAACACUUCUCAGACGAUGAGCUUUUGUUCGCGAUGCGAUAUGUCGUCUGGAUCAUGGCUAUAAUGGGUAUCCUCUAUCAGCAGAUCUUUCACGAGAGAUACAAGAUGCUCGAAACUAUUUUCUAUGUGGUUAUGGGUAUUGGACCUAGCGUCGCGAUCCUUAAUGUUUAUAAUUAUUACAAUAUUACGGAAUUGAAACUGGGUGGACUGAUGUAUGUUCUUGGCUUAGUAUUUUUCAAAUCGGAUGGUCGUAUACCUUGCGCGCACGCAAUUUGGCAUCUUUUCGUAGCUGCAGCGGCUGGAUUUCAUUAUUACGCGAUUCUGAACCAUGUAUUUCCUGAAACAGACUCGACAAAUAUUCUUGGACCAUCUGCCGGCAGCAUGCCACAAUUAUCUAAUAUACUAAAGCCUCAUAUAGAAUUACUUUUUGAUAAGAACAAAUUUAUUUUUUAAUCGUGAUUUGCGUAUGUGCUGGUCGGCUAGACGUCUUCUCGUAAUUAUUUCAAAUGUCUCUUUCAAUAAAUAGAAAUCGUGUAUAUAUAAUGUAUAAACGCAAUAAACGCUAUGAAAAAGCAUAGUGAAUUAAAUGGUAUGUAUUAAAACAAAAGAAAAAGGAAGAUUUUUAAGUACCUGACGGCCAUAUAAGACUUCAUUCAUAUAUUAUGAAUGUGUUACAUAUUAAAAAUAAGACAAAAAAUAUGAUAUUACAUUAACAGAUAUUAAUAUAAUGCAGUUAUAUUGCUAAUUACAUGACGAGUUCGAAUAUACAUCUAUAGCGAAUAUUGUAUCAUUCAUAUU